GAUUAGCACAUAGUUUUUUACUAUUAUUACAAUAUCCUGAUUUUACAAAUCUUACAGAAAAUUCAUCAUCAUCUACAUUAUUUACGGGUGAUUCAACCGAGCUCAAAAUUCAAAAUGAUUUUGAUCGAACUGAAGAUAACCCAGCUAAAAAUUUCAUUACCUCAUUUCUUUCAACAUAUAAUUGGUUAAAUGGUAACUUUUUACAACAAGACACAUGGAAUCUUUGGGCAGUAAAAGUUAUCACUUUUAUUGGUAGCAUUCUUUUAGUAACUAUUCUACAAAAUAUGUUUAUUGCUUUUAUGGGUGGUGUUUAUUCUAAAGCAUAUGAGAAAGGUCGUGUUGCAUUAUUACGAUUUCGUGCAGAAUCAAUUUCAGAUUAUGAGGCAUUAGAUGAAAUAUAUUUUUAUCCUCCAUCACCAGAACCAAAAUAUAUUUAUUAUAUAG